AUGGAUACCGAAGGUCAAGAUAUCAAUGCUGAAAACGCAUCAUCAUCAACAACGUCAAACGCUACAAACGCGACAACAACAUCGCAAGUUCCACGCAGUGGUUUACCGCCGUUUCCUCCCUUUAAUCCAUACCAAGAUACAGCAACAGUGGGUCAACGAUGGACUAAAUGGGUUCGACGUUUCGAAAACUUGCUUAUACGUCUUCGUGCGUUUGAUUUCACCCAACACUUCGUGCCACAAGGAAAUACAGACAUGGCUAUAUUCGAUUUUCGAGAGCUAAAGCAAGGAUCCAACGAAACGCUCAACGAAUACUACCGUCGACUGAAGACAAAAGCAGUACAAUGUAAUUUUCACAGCGAGGAAGCCGAGAUUAAAACCCAAAUUAUUCACAAAACCCGCGAUUCCCGGUUAAGAAAGAAAGCGCUUCGUGAGACGAUGACUCUCAAACAAAUUCUCGACUACGGGAAUACCUUAGAACGUACAGAUGAACAGUCUAAACGCCUCGAUAACGCCAGCAAAUUCCAAAGCGAAAGUAACGAAACGGUAAAUUAUAAUUACAAUGAAAAGAAUUCAAAACAACAUCGAAAAUUUCCAACUUCCGGUGGAUCAAAUUCCAGAUACAGGACGCCCAAGAAGCCUGAUUCGCGUUUUCAAGGAAAUAAAUAUCAGAAAGAAGCUCCAGAUAGCGGUCGAAAGUCCCAAACCUGUCGUAGCUGUGGAGGUAAAUUCCCGCACAAAGACGGAAUAGAGUCCUGCCCAGCUAGAGGUAAACUUUGCCACAACUGCAAGAAAAUCGGUCAUUUUGCAAAAUAUUGCAGAUCUCAAUCUAAGGACAGUGGAAAUGUCAGACAUGUCAACCAAGAGAAAAGUUGUGAUUAUCUUCAAGACUCGGACGAUGAAUUUCUUUUUACUGUCAACACAAGCUCGG